AUGGAGUUUUCUAGAUCUCACUUUAUAACUAUAAUGUUAGUUGUUUCGGCCAUGAACUUCUUGUCGUGUCUUUGUCUAACGACAUUCGUGUUUGGAGAUUCGCUCGUCGAUGUUGGGAAUAACGAUUACAUUUUCACUCUGUCGAGGGCUGAUUCGCCCCCCUACGGCAUCGAUUUCAAGCCCUCCGGCGGCCAACCCACCGGAAGGUUCACCAACGGUCGGACUAUUUCUGAUAUUAUUGAUGAAUAUCUUGGUGCCAAGUCAUUUCCUCCACCAUUUUUGGCUCCAAAUACAGAAGUAGACACAAUGUAUAGAGGAAUAAACUAUGCUUCUGGAGCUUCUGGCAUCUUGGAUGAAACUGGUUUGUUAUUUUUGGGAAGGAUUCCACUAAGGGAGCAAGUGAAGAAUUUUGAGGAGAGUAGAAGGUACAUGGUGAAGGUAAAGGGAGAGAAUGAAACAAUGGAGGUUUUGAAGAAUGCAAUUUUCUCUUUAACAGUUGGAUCCAAUGAUAUAAUCAACUACAUCCAACCCUCCAUUCCAAUUUUCCAAACAAACAAGGCUUCCCCAAGUGAUUACUUGGAUCAUAUGAUCUCCAACAUAACAAUACAGCUCAAGCGACUCCACGGUGUUGGGGCAAGAAAGGUUGUAGUGGUCGGAGUUGGACCACUUGGAUGUAUUCCAUUUGUCAGGACACUGCAAUUUGCACCAAAUGAUGAAUGCUCAGAAGAAGUGAAUCAGCUGAUUGAAGCCUACAAUUUUAGGCUGAGUGAAGUGGUUGACCAAUUGAAUCAAGAGUUCAACCCCAAAACCAUGUUCGUUUAUGCCAAUUCCUAUGCUGUCUUCAUGCAGAUUAUUGAUAAUUAUCAACAAUAUGGGUUCGUGGAUGCAAAGCAACCAUGUUGUGGUGGAUACUUCCCUCCUUUCGUUUGCUACAAGGGCCAAAACCAAAAUAGAAGCUCUUCUCUUUGUGAUGAUCGAUCGAAAUAUGUGUUUUGGGAUGCUUAUCACCCAACAGAAGCUGCUAAUAUCAUCAUUGCCAAAGAGCUCCUUGAUGGAGAUGAAACCAUUAGCUCUCCUAUCAACAUUCGUCAACUCUACGCCUACCGUUCUUAA